AUGCACAAAAUGGAAAUCCAUUCUCCGGGUCCGAUACCGAUCACUGUCCACAACCAUCAGUCACCGCCACCUCCGCCACCGCCUCCUUUAUCAAUGACUGGUCACCCGAACAAUCAUCAUAUGAACAAUCAGUCACCGAUGGGAUUGGGCUCCGGAUCGGGUGCUUCGAUGGCAAUGGAUGGCGAGUCUAUGGAACACAGAGAGUGCUAUAACUGUCACACGACGUGCACUCCGUUGUGGCGCCGGUUCGGUGCCGACCAAUUCCUGUGCAACGCCUGCGGUCUCUAUCAGCGCGUGAACGGCGCUCAUCGGCCACUGGUUCGCAAUGUGCGCCGACUGUCGAGCACUACCCGACGUGUGGGCCUGACGUGUGCCAACUGCGGCACAAAGACCACAUCCAUGUGGCGCCGCAACGCCGUCGGCGACUCCGUGUGCAACGCCUGCGGUCUUUACUAUCGGCUCAAUGGUGUCAAUAGACCGGCCGCUAUGCGCAAGGAAUCCAUUCGCACGCGUAGGCGACGGACUAUUAAACUACUGCCCACUUCGCCAUUUGGUCACUACGGACAGACACCUAAUGGGGUAGUGAUGGGACAGUUGAACGACACCGAAGACAUGAUGGGUCGGCCCGUAUCGCCUAAUCAACGCUCACUCGUAUAUCAGCCACACUAUCCUCCGUUGUCUACACCAAAUGACGGUCCGAUCGACCCCUCCCUAUAUACCACUCCAUCGUACAGACAAUUUGCUGAAUCUUUGCGAAGUUAUUAUCACAACCAUCACCACAAUCACCAUCACAACCAUCAUCACGAGUCUUACCAUCACUCACAUCAUCAUAACACCAACAGUUUUAGCAGUUCCGGCCGUUACCCGUCGAUCAACGGUUAUAACGGCCAAUACUAUAGCCCGCCGUCGGGCGUAAGUCCGGUGGAGGGACCGCCGCCCCCACCACUCAUACCUUUUUCUACUCAACAUCGCUAUGUAGUUAAUACAUGUGUCACUAACAGCGAUGGGGAAGGGAUUGGAGGACUGGACGGUCAGGAAGUCAUUGGGCAUACGGCAGAUGACGGACAAAAAUAUUUGCUCCCACAUCAUCCCAUUCAACAUCACAUUAUGCUAAAUGCCGGCAAUGGCCUAACCAAUGGCGAUCAGAGUCCCCCAAAGUCUGGCGGUUCUCCGUCGCCUGACCUAACGGCGAGUCAGCCCACGCCCACCACCACCGGUGGCAACGGUGCCAACAAUCGCCAUAACCAUCACUGGUGGUGA